AGAUUUGGAAUCUUGGUGUAUAUAAGGUAUAGUGAAACCCACGUUCAAUGAGAUGAAGCUACAUCUCUGCAACAUCUGAGUUCCUUCUCGGAUUCUCACUUCUCGAAAAAUCAAAUCCAGAAUUUUCGAAAUCUAAGAAAAGGGAAUAAACUUUUGGUAGCCAUGACGCUAGAGGCUCUAUCAUCCAACGACCUCUUCAGCUUCCUGCUCUACGAGACUCUGUCGCCGACCCCAUUCAGCGCCGCCGCCGUCCCCAACUCCCCGGAAAAUGACGUCAUCGUCCGGAAGACAACGACCUCCGGCGCUCGUCAGGAACCACCGCCGGCAUCUCGGGGAAUAAGGAAGCGGCGGCGGAGGAAGCCUAGGGGUUGUAAGAACGAAGAAGAAGCCGAGACGCAGAGAAUGACUCACAUUGCGGUGGAGAGAAACCGGAGGAGACAAAUGAACCAACAUCUGUCGGAUCUGCGGUCUCUCAUGCCUCAGUCUUAUGCUCAAAAGGGUGAUCAAGCUUCCAUUGUAGGUGGAGCCAUAGACUUCAUCAAAGAACUUGAACAUAAAUUACAGUCUCUUGAAGCUCAAAAGCUCCAACUCUACCAGUCGAACCGGGGGUUUCCUUCUUCUUCCUCCACGAGCCAAGAUUCGGGAGAAGCCGAGAAUCAUACGCAGUCGCUUUCUCAGUUCUUUCUUCACUCAUAUGAUCCGAGCCAAGAGAACAAGAACGGGUCGAGAAGCUUCGUGAGAGCUGCAAUGGCGGAUGUUGAGGUGACGCUGAUAGAGACGCACGCUAACAUCAGAAUACUGUGCAGGAGAAGAGGGACGAUGCUGUCGAAGUUGGUGGCAGCCCUUCAUUCUCUCUCCCUCUCUGUUCUUCACCUCAGUCUCACCACAACUCUCACUUGUGCUGUUUACUCUAUCAGUACCAAGGUGGAAGAGAGUUGUCAGCUAAGUUCAGGAGAUGACAUUGCAGCAGCAGUUCAUCACAUGCUGAGUAUAAUUGAGGAAGAAGCUUUUUGUUGCUCUUCAAUGUCCGGAAUGCCCUUCGACAUUUCAUGAACAACAGGAAUACCACCCGUGUUGAUUUGCCCGGAAGGGUUAUAUUUAACAAUUAGGUUUUGCCUCCAAGAAGAGUACGUACUAAGCUUGUUCACUGAUCAAUCACUGCUAUCUUUUUAACAUUUUCUCCCUUUCUGAGUGUGGAUUGUAAUAAUUUCGUAUAUAUAUGUUUACAAUCAACGAAUAAUAGACCAACUUUAGUUGUAAGAAUAGGAAA